AUCAGUGAAUUAAACAGCAUAAGGGAAACAGUAUCAUAUUGCACAGACAAAAUCUGAGCAAGUGGAAAGCUGGGACCAGAGAAGCAACUUACACAAGGACAACAGUGUCUAAGGACCAGAGAAGCAACUUACGAGGGGAGCAGCAUCUGCAUUUUGAAACAUUAAGAACAAGAAACGUUUCUGUGGUUCCAGGACAUCAGAACUAGAAGACAAUGGAAAGACCCAUAUGUGUUCUUGCUGCCCUCACUUUACUUGGGAUCCUGAGGUUUGCAGCUGCAUCUACUAAUGUGGAAGAGCUCUCCACAGAUUUUGGAAUCCGUGUCUUUAAUGAAAUUGUCAAGUCCCACAGGGAUCGAAAUGUGGCCUUCUCCCCUUAUGGAGUGGCAUCUAUUAUGGCAAGGCUCCAAUUAGGAGCGGCUGGAGACACAUUGGCACAGAUUAAAGAAGCUAUGAAUUAUGAUGUGGAAGAGAGGGGAGUGGCUUCAUCACUGCUCAACCUAAAGAAGAGCAUCUUAGCGCACUGGAAUAAGGAUGUCGUCAAAACUGCUGACUCCAUGUUUGUGCAACGGGACAUGGAACUUGUGAGGGGAUUUUACAAGCAGUACUACAAGACAUUCCGUGACACCAUAAAGCAAGUGAACUUCACCAAUCUGCACCAGGCAACGUACAUCAUCAACCAGUGGGUGAAGAGCCACACUGAAGGUAUGAUCCCCAAAUUUUUAAGUGAUGAUGCUUUGGGUCAACUAACUCGUAUGGUUUUGGUAAAUGCCAUCUACUUCAAGGGACUCUGGAAGCUACCUUUCCCAGAACACAAGACCAGGGAGCGAAUUUUCCACAAAUCUGAUGGCAGUACUAUGUUUGUGCCUAUGAUGGAGCAGACGGCAAAGUUCAAUUACAGUGAGUUCUCCACACCUGACGGCACUGGUUAUGAUGUCAUUGAGUUGCCAUAUCAUGGAGAGACUAUCAGCAUGCUGAUCGCUGCUCCCUUCCAAAAAGAUGUUCCCUUGUCUGCACUAACUCAGUCAGUCAGUAUGAAGCUUAUCAAUGAAUGGAAGAACAGUCUGAAGGAAGUACCACAGCAUUUCAUCCUCCCCAAGUUUGCACUGGAAAGUGAAAUUGACCUGGAAAAGUCUCUCACAGCUCUGGGAAUAAGCGACAUGUUCACUUUCAAAGCUAAUUUCGCUAAAAUCUCUAGGGAUGAACUUCUGUUUGUGUCAAAGGGUUUGCAGAAGGUGAAAAUUGAAGUUAAUGAAAGUGGAACCAAAGCAUCUGCAGCAACAGCUGCAAUUCUUUAUGCAAGAAUGGCUCCAAUUGAGAUUGUUAUGGACAGGCCGUUUCUGUUUGUGGUACGACACAACCCAACAGGUGUUAUUCUGUUUAUGGGCCAGGUCAUGGAACCUUAGAGAAGAACAUUCUUAUUGUAAUUAAUAUAUAUAUAAACUCGGGUAAAUGAAGAAUUGACAAAGGAUAAUCUGCAAAAGACUGAAGUGGAUCUAUGAAAGAAAGCAGAAAACUGUUACAUUCUGGAUUUUCAACCAUUGUUUCAGCCUCUACAAUAACAGGCGUGAGCAGAUCAACGCCCAGCCUGAUUAGUACCCAUUAUGAGAGUACUGUGAGAAGAACUUUUGUUUAAAACUGACUAUGGAGUAUUCAAAAAAAUGGCUACGGAGUUCAUCUGUUUGAAACAGUAACUUAUUUUUGCUAUUUUGCAAUAACUCAUUACCUCCUCAGCAUUUCAGAAGAGGCACAUUUUAUUGCCCUUGUUUCAAAGGGGCAUGUGUAAUUCUUCUUUAGAACUAGCAAUCCCAUCCUUUGUUUCCUGGUCCUGAUUAGCAGGGUCUGUCCCAUACCAUCCUUAUAUUCACCUGUGUUACAUUUGGGGGUUGGGGAAAUGUGGUAGGGGUAGCACUUGCAUAUCCUCAGAUUCUGAGGUUGCAAUACUCUGAGUAAAGCCAUAUGUACAAAGGUCCUUGGCUAGUAAACCAGUAGACCUUCCUGUAAACUUAACCUGUCAAUGUAGCCAACACUCUCUCUGUAUAAAUAAUGAAGUGGGGGUAUGUAUAGCGUAUUAAAAUCUAGCACCAUCUGACAGAGGAGAAAUGGCGUCUUAGUCUGUGGAUUUCAAAGAAUUAUAUUGAUUAUGGAUUCAGAUGAGGCUGGGCAUGUGCUCUAGGUGAUCCAAAGCAUUAGAAAUAAGGUAGUCUGACUGUAAUAAAUACAUACAUGUUUUAUGUAAGGGUUUGUAUUUAUAAGCCAUAAUAAAUACCCCGUGAAUGCCAAACCCUCUCAUUAUACAUUUUUCUGUAUGUAGGUAUAGCCUGAUGCCAAACAGGUCCAUGACCCUUAAUACAAUGAUGCGCCCUACUAGUGUUUAUGCCAUUGUUGUCUAUGUUUCCAUGAGAAGAAAACAUUACACUCAGAACAACCAGCAAGACAAUGUGCCCACUAAGCUAGAUGACCUUAAGGUAGAAACAUUCAAAUAAAUGCACCUUAAUAAAGCAAGACCUCUAAGCAUUGCAAAGACCCAUAUGACAUUGCUAUGAUCUGUCUGGAUGAGGGUACAAGAGUUUCAAAACAUUUAAGAAAGAAAACCAAGGUUAUUCUUUCUUUCUAGUAGUGUUUUCUUUUCUAUGUGUACCAGAUCAUGAAGUGUGGGCAGGGGCACAAAUAUAUGCAAUACACAGGCAACUACAGUAAGAGAUAGCCCAGAAUGACAUGGUUUGUAAAGUGUAUGACACUGAAAAGCCAGCCAUUAAUGGUUCUGCAAAGCAUGAAUACUGGAUAUCAGUUUCUCUCUCAUAUAAGCACAAUCCACUAAACAGGUUCUGAAAUUUUUUCAACUAAUUCCCCACUCCAUCGGGUCAGGCUUGAAAUGAAAUAAGUGUGUUUGAUUUCUGCUUAUGAGUAUUUGAAUUUUUCUCUUUAUGAAAUUAAUGCCAAACUAAGAAUUUUGUACCAGUGCUUUUUAAAUUAAAUCACAUCAGCAUAAACUAAUGGGCUUCUGCAGGGUGGGGUGUCUGCAUAUGGGUAUGAAUGACAGUAAUGUACCCAUAAAAGCUGUAAUACAUUAUGACCAAUGUGCAAUCCUUUCCUCCCAUGAAUCCCAACCCUAAUCACAGUUAAGGUCAUGAUAAAGUUAUACUAGAUAUUGCGUGCUUUAAUUUCUUUCUGUUUAUGAAAAACUAAUGGGUAAAAUUUCCUUUAAAAAUACCAGAAACAGUAUUGCACUAUCAAAUCUAGAAAUAAUAUAUUUUAUACAAAUAUGUGGUUAUAAAUAAUGUGUAUUUUUAUGUAUAAAACGUCAUUAAUGGUCUGACACUGGUAUAAGUGAGUGUGUGUGUGAAUGCUACAUAUGUCUGUGUUACUCUCUAUAAGCUGCUGCAUUUGUGUGUCCUUACCAUGUUGUCCAGUACUAUUUCUGUUUUGUUUUGAUUAUUAUACUGGCUGGAUGUCAAGGCUUGCAAAUUAAAGUCUGUGUAAGAAGUCUCAGUGUAAAAUAUGUAUUUUAUAAAAUGUAUAUUGUUUGUGAAAUAAUAAAAAGCAUCUUUUUUAUAA